AUGGUAAGAAUGGCGUGAUUAGGUGGACUUCUACUAGAUUGGCAUACGCAUCACCAUUAGCCAAGCUCACAUUAAUAGGUUAAAACUCUCAUGAUAAAGUUAUUUAUACUAGGGCCGAUCGUCUAAGUUAUUCAUAUUCCAAAUUUAGACAAUGGCAACAUCGUUCAACGAAAUCCCCUUAAUAGACCUUUCGCAAGCAAAUGACACAUCAACUAACCCUAAGCUGCUAGAUAGUCUUCGUUAUGCUCUUACAGAAGUUGGCUUUCUAUAUGUAUCGAACCAUGGCGUCCCAGCAGUCGCUAUCGAUGAGUUGGUCAAUGCAUUGCCCACACUUUUCGAGUUAAGUAAGGAAGUUAAGAAGACUGUUGCAUUGGAGAAUUCGCCGCAAUUUUUGGGGUAUAGCGGGGUUGGUAGUGAGAAUACGGGUGGUAAAGAAGACCAACGGGAGCAAUUUGAAUUUGCAACGGAGCUUACAGAAAUAUGGCGCCCUGGUCUUCCAUUGUACGAACGCCUACGAGGUCCUAACCAGUGGCCAACAGGAUAUCCAAAACUCCGGUCUACGGUAGAAACCUAUAUACGAGAGCUCACUGCCUUGGGAGAGCGGUUUCUGGAUCUUGUCGCUCAGGCAUUAUCUCUUCCCUCUGGGACUUUUCAUCCGUUUCUAUCAGACCAGCAUCGCUUGAAACUGGUGCAUUAUCCUGCAUUGCCAGAUGGCGACCCUACAAUAUCUCGACAAGGUGUUGGCCCUCACAAGGAUUCUUCCGGCUGGUGGACGUUCUUACUUCAGGCAUCGCCUCCUGAAGUCAAAGGGCUUCAGGUCCUCAACAAAGCUGGAGAAUGGGUUGAUGUCCCGGUAGUGCCUGGGACUUUCGUGGUGAACAUCGGUCAAGCUUUCGAGGUGGUAACCAAUGGGAUAUGCAAAGCCACCACACAUCGCGUUCUCUCCGGUCCCCAUGAAAGAUACAGCGUGCCCUUUUUUCAGGGCGUCCGUCGUAAUCUCACAAAAUCUGAAGCGGCUGGCUCUCUCAAGUCUCAUUUUGACACUCUUGAUAUUAGCAGAGAAUCUGAGGAAGGGCAUGCAAUCGACUCCGCGUUCUUAAAGGGAAAAUAUGAUACUUGGGGUGAGUCUCAGCUGCGGACCAAGGUGCGAAGCCAUCGCGAAAACGGCAAGAAGUUCUACCCCGAAGUAUACGAGCAGUAUAUCAACGACGACGCGUAAAGUAGGCCGCACACAUACCAGGUUAUCAAGGGCGGAAACAUUUGAAUGUUCAUCGC